AUGAGACGUGUUUUGCUUAAGCUUUGCAGGCAAUACGAAGCAGCCGCUCUGCACAGGCUGCACGGUGCUUUAACUCCUCCUUGCAAUGGCCGCAACACCAGCAGAAUAUGCGCUAGUUCACGUUCGUUUACGACAAAUAUUCAGGACAAGCCAAAAGUGGACCCCAAUCGGCGGGAGCGACCACACUGCAAUGUGGGCACCAUCGGGCAUGUCGAUCAUGGCAAGACAACGCUUACGGCGGCAAUAACCAAAAUUCAGUCGAGAAAAGGCUUGGCUGAUUACAUGUCGUAUGACCAAAUCGAUCGGGCGCCUGAGGAAAAAGCUCGCGGCAUAACCAUAAAUGCCUGUCACAUUGGCUAUGCGACCGCAGAACGCACCUACGCACACACGGACUGUCCGGGCCAUGCUGAUUACAUAAAGAACAUGAUUUCUGGUGCAUCGCAAAUGGACGGAGCUAUUUUAGUGGUGGCCGCCACUGAUGGACAAAUGCCACAGACUCGGGAACAUUUGUUGCUGGCAAAGCAAGUGGGCAUAGAGCGUAUUGUGGUGUUCAUCAACAAGGCGGAUCUAGUUGACAACGAGGUGCUGGAAUUGGUAGAGAUUGAAAUGCGUGAAAUGCUGUCGGACUUUGGCUUCGAUGGCGUCAAUAGUCCAGUGAUAUGUGGCUCGGCGUUGCUAGCGUUGCGUGACGAUGUGUCCCCGUUUGGUGUGCCAGCAAUCGAGAAGCUGCUAGCGCACUGCGACUCGUAUAUACCAACGCCCACGCGGGAUACCCAAGCACCCUUUAUUUUACCCAUCGAUAACGCAUUUACGGUGCCAGGACGCGGAACUGUGGUCGUGGGAACUAUUAAGCGCGGCACCAUAGCCCGAAACGCGGACGCCGAUCUUCUUGGCUUCAGCCAGAAUUUGAAGACCAGCGUUAGUGAUAUACAAAUAUUCCGCAAGAGCGUGCCUCAGGCACUGGCCGGCGAUAAUGUGGGUGCCCUAUUGCGGGGCAUUAAAAUUUCAUCUGUGGAACGAGGCAUGCUGCUCUGCGCAACUGGCUCGGAGGAUAUAUCCAAUCACUUUGAGGGCUCCAUGUACCUGCUCUCACGUGCCGAAGGCGGACGCAGCAAGCCCAUGUUAUCCAAGUAUAUACAGCAGCUGUUCAGUAUGACAUGGAAUCAGCCAGCUCGCAUUGAUAUAAUUCCACAGGAGUCAAUGCUGAUGCCCGGCGAGCAUGGCCAGGUGCGUGUCACACUGCUGCGCAAGAUGGUUAUGACACCCGGCCAGCCCUUCACCAUACGCGAAAACGGAGCCACUGUGGCAACGGGCAUGAUAACUAACCGAUUGCCCUCCCUCGACCUGCCCAAGAAUAAACUGUCCAAGGCACCUGUUAUUUGCUAAUAGCUUUUAUUGACGGAUACAUGUGUAAAUCGCCUUUGUACAAUUCUCGGGUAUAAUUUCAUUGUACAUGUGUAUGUUUAUAUAUAAAUAUUUAUAUAUAACAUCAAAUAAAGGAUUUAUCAUAUAACAUUUCAAGCAAAUGCCAACAGUAAA